AUGGCUCGCACUAAGCAGACGGCUCGCAAGUCCACCGGCGGCAAAGCGCCGCGCAAGCAGCUGGCCACUAAGGCGGCCCGCAAGAGUGCGCCGGCCACCGGCGGCGUGAAAAAGCCACACCGCUACCGGCCCGGCACGGUAGCUCUGCGCGAGAUCCGCCGCUACCAGAAGUCCACAGAGCUGCUGAUCCGCAAGCUGCCGUUCCAGCGGCUGGUGCGCGAGAUCGCGCAGGACUUCAAGACCGACCUGCGCUUCCAGAGCUCGGCCGUGAUGGCGCUGCAGGAGGCGUGCGAGGCCUACCUGGUGGGGCUCUUCGAGGACACCAACCUCUCGGCAGCAACCAUGUCUGGUCGUGGUAAGGGUGGUAAAGGUCUUGGUAAGGGAGGCGCUAAGCGCCAUCGCAAAGUCUUGCGGGACAAUAUCCAGGGUAUUACUAAGCCAGCUAUCCGGCGUCUUGCUCGGCGUGGUGGGGUCAAACGUAUCUCUGGUCUUAUCUACGAAGAGACUCGUGGGGUGCUGAAAGUGUUUCUGGAAAAUGUGAUCCGGGACGCGGUCACCUAUACGGAGCACGCCAAGCGCAAGACUGUUACCGCCAUGGACGUCGUCUACGCGCUCAAACGUCAGGGCCGUACUCUUUACGGUUUUGGUGGUUGA